GAGGAGAGGGCGGGAAAGCGCCGUGAGGGCAGCGCGGGCAGGUGAGGGGGGCGGGCAAGCAGAGGGAGACCCAGCGUCUGUCUCAGCUUGUCGCCUUUGCCGGGAGGGACGUGCCGAGCAGCGGAGGAUGCGCCCUCCCGCCCGCUCUUCAUCUGCUCGGGCUCUGGCGUCUCUGAGGGAGCCGCGGAUGCAGCCUGUGAGGACGAUGAAACCUUCUGCAAUGAGCAAGCGAAAGUUGAAGGACAGCAGUGCAGAAAGUGCUGAGUGCAUUUCCCAGGUGCAAAAAAUCUUACGAGAAAGAUUCUGUCACCACUGUGCUGCUGGAAAACUGUUUGGGAUGGAGCAGCAGUACAGACAUUUGCUGGAGCUGCUGAAAAGAACCACGGUGCACGGGGAGAGCAAUUCCGCCCUCAUUAUCGGCCCCCGGGGAUCCGGGAAAACGGCGUUAUUAAAUCACGUCUUAAAAGACCUCAGGGAAAUGGAACAAGUGAGAGAGAACCUCUUGGAAGUCCAUCUGAAUGGGCUUCUGCAGACAAAUGAUAAAGUGGCCCUGAAGGAGAUCACCAGGCAGCUGCAGCUGGAAAAUGUGGUUGGGGACAAAGUUUUUGGCAGUUUUGCUGAGAACCUUGCCUUCCUCCUGGAAGCUCUGAGGAAAGGAGACCGAACCAGCAGCUGCCCAAUUUUGUUUGUCCUGGAUGAAUUUGAUUUGUUUGUCCACCACAAGAACCAGACCCUGCUCUACAACCUCUUUGACAUCUCCCAGUCUGCACAGACCCCAGUGACAGUUAUUGGGCUCACCUGCAGGCAGGAUAUCCUGGAGCUCUUGGAGAAGAGAGUGAAGUCAAGGUUCUCCCACAGACAGAUAUAUUUGAUGAAUUCCUUUGAUUUUAAGCAAUACCUUAAGAUAUUUAAGAAACAGCUUUCUCUUCCUGCUGAAUUUUCCGAUGAGUCGUUUGCACAAAAAUGGAACAAUAAUAUUCAGCAUCUCUCAGAGGAUAAAACGGUGCAGGACGUGCUGCAGAACCUCUUCCACCACACCAAAGACCUGCGCUCGCUGCAUUUGCUGCUGAUGCUGGCCAGCAGCGCAGUGACCGUGCACCACCCCCUGCUCACGGCUGCAGACCUGCAGGAGGCCAGCAGGCAGCACAGCACCGACUCCAAGGCCAACAUCGUCCAUGGUUUGUCUGUGCUGGAAAUCUGCCUCAUCAUAGCCAUGAAACACCUGAAUGAGGUCUAUGAUGGAGAACCAUUCAACUUCCAGAUGGUUUACAAUGAGUUCCAGAAGUUCAUCCAGAGGAAGGCACACUCUAUGUACAACUUUGAGAAGCCAGUUGUCAUGAAGGCCUUUGAGCACCUGCUGCAGCUGGAGCUGGUGAAGCCGCUGGAGCGGCCGUCGGCGCGGGCGCAGCGCGAGUACCUGCUGAUGAAGCUGCUGCUGGACAGCAGCCAGAUCAUGGACGCGCUGCAGGUCUACCCCAACUGCCCCACGGACGUCAAGCAGUGGGCAGCCUCCUCCCUCAGCUGGCUCUGAGCUCCACAGCCCUGCUGGGAUGCUGGGAGCUCCAGCACAGGGAAUGUCUACCCACAGGAAGGUGUUCAGAUCAAUGCAUUUUUGGAAGCAGCUUUCUUUGCUGAUCCGUUUGGGAUUUUCUAGGGAGAACGGUGCUGCUGUUCUCCUCCAGCAGCCAGAACUGUGCCUCACUCACUCGCAGGUGCUUUAGCUCAGCUCAGUGCCAACUCCUGCUCUCACACUCGGUUCCCACUUGGAGAAAUCCAAGCUCUGGCGUUUCUCCCUGUGGCUGAGGGCUCUGGAUCCUGGCUCAGGCCAUGCUGCCCUCCUGGCUCCCUUCUACAGCCCCGUCAGGUCACAGCUCACACUGCACUUUUCCAUCUCAAAUCUGACUUGACGUGGAAAAUUUAUCCAAUUAAAUCUUUAAUCACAACUGAAUUUACUUCAUUAAAUGUUAAAUCCAACAGGCGUCAGCCACAAGGGCUGUUUUGUGCCAAGUACAAGGUAACAUCUUUCCAUACCCAAUUUUUUGGAGCAAAACUCAAGAGUUUGGCUCAAGAGCUGCUGUAGGACCAGCCCCAUGUGUUUAUUUUAAAAUAAAGUUUUCGAAGAAGCGUUUGCAA